AUGGAAGAUUCAGAAGAUGCCUGUUCUAAGAAGGUUGGCUAUGUUGGCAAUAUAGUUCAAGAAAGACAUUUAAUUAAAUCUAAAGAAUCAGCAUCUCACGUUCAACUUGCUUGCAGUCAACAUUAUUGUGCUUUCCCUUUAAAUGGAAAUGAACUUUGCCUAUGGAAUACUAAUAACCCUUUCAAUCAGCCAUUACACUUGUUACGACAUCAUCAGUCAAUUACUGCUGUGACAUUUGGAAACAAAGUUAAUCCACUUCUUGUCUGCUCUGCAUCUUGUGACUACGUUAUAGUAUGGAAUGUGGUGGAAUGUGGAGAAAGAGUACUAGAAGGGUUAACUCCUCGGGGAGAUGUUGUAGGAACUCUUUUGGGAAUGGUACUUUAUUUGAGAUUUAGCCCAGAUGACCAUCUUAUUGCCGUGUGUGCUGGAAAUAAGAUACUUGUGCUUGAUGUUAAGUUUGACACUGUAUUAACUGAGCUGAAAGGUCAUGUUGGUCCAGUCACUGCAGUUGAAUUUUGCACCUGGCAAAGAAAUAUAAUAAUAUCAGUGUCUGAAGACAGAAGCUUUAAGGUCUGGGAUUACUGUGCUGGAUUAUUAUUAUACAGUUCUGCAGUACUAACAGCCUAUCCUCUCCUAAGUUUGUUCAUCAAUGAAGAAAAAGAACAAUUUAUUACUGGGAGUGCUGAUGGUCAGCUUUGGAUCUUCAGUUUGAUCAGUGAACAUCAUUAUCGUUGUGUGACUCAAUUUGACCUAAGGAAAAAACAAGAGAUUUUCUUCAGUAAAAGAGCCAAAUUAGCACAACAUACCCAAACAGAAAAGAGUCAACUUUCCUACACAAAUGAACUUAAAAAAGAAGAAAGUGUAGAAACGACAUUUCCUAUAUUGACAAUUGAACCCUGUGCUCAGUCAGUGAAUGAAGAGUGUGAAUUCUUCCCUGCUCCCAACACCAGAUGCUUGUGGAUAGGAAGCUCUACUGGUUUAUACGUAAUUAACUUGGACAACUUGGAAUUAGAAUCUGUUUUACAUUUUAAAGAUUUCAGUAACCUCAGCAUUAAAGUUGCUGGAUCAUGUGCAAUAAUGGACAAGGCUGUUAAUCAUAAGGUUUUCUGUUUGCUGACCUCUAUGUUUGGAAAUCAAAUUGCUGUGUUGGAAAUUAAUCUUCUUGCACUCAUGUUAUCACAGCGUCACGAUGUGAAAGAGACUCUUUCAGUUAUUGCCAGUUCCUGUCUCCUGCCAACCUCUCCACUGUGUAUUACAACUUUUAAGAAGAAAAAUACUAAUUUGGCUAGUCAAAAGAAGUCUGCUGUGAAGAGCACCAUAAAAGACCUACCCCUGGUUUUCCACAAUAAAGUUAUAUCAUCUGGUUAUGCAUCUACACCACAACAUGAAACUGUCUUGAGUAAAUUCAGUAAAGGUAGAGAGGUACAGACUCUGAGCAAAAUCAAUUUAUUAACAGUGAUGCAUAUAACUAUUAACAAAGUGGGUCAGACUGGCAACCUCAGUAAAGCCAGUGUCCUCAAUGAGAAAGAAAGAACCCUCUUUAUUGACACACAACAAAGAAGGGGUCUUGGUAGAGGAACUAUGUUUUCACCAAAGACCAACAUAAAGACAAAUAGUGAAAGAUCCUCAGAAUUGAAGAGUCAUCAUAAAUGUAAAAAUUAUCCUUUGGAGAGUCCACUGCCAACCAAACUUAGCAGGCAGCUAUCUGUAGCCCAUAAAUCAACUGCUGUUUGCUGCCUUCAGUAUUCAGGAGAUGGUCUCCAUUUGGCUUGUGGUUUAGCUGACCAUUCAUUGCUAGUUUUCCAUUCCAGUCUUACUAGAGUACCAACUAUUUUUCAAGGUCAUGAUGGAGCAGUGACUUCUGUCGGCUGGAGUCAUGACAGGAAAUGGUUAGUUUCUGCUUCAGAAGACAGAACAUUAAGGAUCUGGUCAGUUGGGACUACAGAGUCUACAGUAUUUCUGGGCAAGGACAUGUUAAGUAAGCCUAUACGAGUCACACAGUUUUAUUAUAUGGAUGCUUUUAUAUUGCUAUCCUCUGGCUCCGAAUUUCACCUACUAAAAUAUCACAUUGACACACACAAAGAUGAGAUCAAAAGAUAUAAACAGAAGAACAAAGCCAAACUUGUCAAGAAGUUCUCUAUGACAUCAGCUGUAGAGAUUACCAGUCUUUCAGCCAUAAAUGAUUUCUAUUCCUAUAUCGUUCUCACAACUGGGAGCAACAGAGCAUUGGAAGUUUUUGAUCUCAAUGUAGAUUGCAGUGCAGCAGUGAUCCCAGAUAUUCAUUCAAGAUCAGCCCAUCAAGUCUGCCAAAAUAAAGGAUCAGCAUUUGCUGCACAACCAUUUGAGAAUUACAAUCUUUUCCUAACCACAGCUAUUGGUGAUGCAAUAAAACUGUGGGAUUUAAGGACAUUGAGGUGCGAACGUCGUUUUGAAGGACAUCUUAACCGCUGCCAUCCCUGUGAAAUUUCCAUAAGCCCUUGUGGGAGAUAUAUAGCCUGUGGAUCAGAGGACAAAUGUGCUUAUAUAUAUGAGAUGGGCUCAAGCACCUUUUCCCACAAAUUGGCAGGACACACAGAAACAGUGAUCAGUGUGGCUUUCAACCCAUCAAGACCCCAGGAUCUUACAGGUUUGAGAACAGAUCUCUUUGGCUGCAUUGAAAGCCACCGAAAACUAAUUUUGAAAAGUAUUGACAAGGCUUAUGAUGAACAUUUUUUGAUUGAAGUUGAAAUAGAGAUGUUGGAUAAAUCCUGUAUUGUUGGAUGA